ACAGCCCGUGUCUUUUGUUUUAACAUUUUCUGUAGAAUAAUUUGGAUAGUUUCAGUCCUGGAAUUGAUUCUCUACUAAUCAAAAGAUGAGGAGUCUCCAGGGAACCUCCUCUCGUCUCUCCUCCUCUUUCCUCUUUCCUCUUUUCUUUCCUCUCGUCUUUAUAAACAUUAUAAACCUCCGCGCAGCUCCAUGGCGUCCGAACCUCACACGGACAAGUUUCCCGUUCCAGUGUUGGAUGUGACGGCGAACACCAAACAGCCCAAGAAGAGAAAGUCUCUGGAGGAAAGAAAAAACGCGAAGCGGCUCAAAGACGUGAGAAGAGCCAAGACGCGCAUCAACAUCGGCUCGAGUCACUCGGGCUGGAGGAGGCUGCGGGACGCGCUGGGCCUCGCGCUCGACUCUCAGCUCGCUGCUCUUCUCUUAGAUUUUUACCAGAAGUUCACCAAUAAAGUCUCAGCUCAGAAAACGGAGAACGUCAAAUCUCCAAAAGAACCAGAGGCCGACGAGGAAGAGAAACCGUCUUUAACGUCUCUCAGGUCGAUCUCACAGAGCAUUUUGUCUGGACCUGUGUUGAAGUGUCCGGCGUGUGGAUUUGUUUUGAAGGUUCUACACGGGAAAGAGCCGCAUCAGCCCCAAAGCAUCGAGGUGACCCUGGAGCUGGAGGAGACGGAGGAGCCCGUGAGCGGAGCAGAGGAAGCUGACGGGAGCGACGGAGACAUAAAAGAGGAAGAGGAGGAGAGCGAAGAAGGGUCAAGAGUGGAGCAGUGGAAAGAGGAAGAGGAGGAAGAGGAGGAGGAGGAGAGAGGAGGAGCGAGGGAUCAGGAGUGGAGGAGAGUAACAGAGGACAGGACUCUGACCACGACUGGACUCCUGAGCUUUGGCAUCAAACUCCAGAACAAAAUAAUGACGCUGUCGGAGACGAAGAGAGUAAAGACGAGGCCGAGCCCAAACGGAAGAAGCAGCUUUGCACCGAGUGUGGAGAGUUUUACAAGAAGAGCCACAAGUGCGACCACAAAACAAAACCCGUCGUGUGCAACGCCUGCGGCCGGAGGUUCAUCUCCGAAUCCGCCCUCAAAGUCCACAGCUACAUGCACUCGGAAACGCACGAAUACCUCUGCAAGUUCUGCUACGCCAGCUUCAAAACCAAAGUGA